AUGAAAACUCUCUUACUUUGGGGAACAAUCUUGCUGCUCAUAUGGCUUUGCGUGGCCGAAGGGGAUGGAGAAGGUAAAUCCACAACAGAAACAACGAGAUCAUCAACAACUGGGUCUACCACACAAACUACUGAUGGUUCAACAUCUGAAUCCACAACGGAAAGCACCGGAUCAUCAACAACUGGGUCUACCACACAAACUACUGGUGGCGCUGUGCACCCCCAGAAACUACAACAACAGCUCAAACAACAACGACCACACCUGAAACUACAACAACAGCUCAAACAACAACGACCACACCUGAAACUACAACAACAGCUCAAACAACAACGACCACACCUGAAACUACAACAACAGCUCAAACAACAACGACCACACCUGGUGGUGCAAACAAUAUAA